GAGCUACACUACAACAGCUCAAACCUCGCUACCCUAAAACCAAGAAGCAAGUGCCACGAGGGUUUCUCAUCCCAAUCUCCAUCAGUAAAUGAGCUCGAUUUUCUCGCCUUCCUUCCGGCGAUUUUCAGGUCUCUCGAGAUGCCUCAGUUGGUGCUGUUGGCCGUGCUGUUGCUGCUUUCAAGAUUUCCGGCAUCGCUGUCAGUUCAGGGUCCUCAUAUAACUGAUGUUAACAUUCUGUUGCCUCCUCGUAUGACUUAUCCCGUUGAAUAUCGGCUUCAAGGAAGUGAUGGUUGCUUCACUUGGUCAUGGGAUCAUCAUGAUAUUCUCUCUGUUCAACCUGAGUACAAUGCUAGUAGUCACUGCUCGACAAGUGCUCGUGUGAGAUCUAUUGCCCCUUAUGGGGGUCGAAAGGAAACUGCUGUUUAUGCUGCUGACACACGUAGUGGUUCUGUUAUCCGUUGCAAGGUUUUUAUUGAUCAAAUCUCAAGAAUUCAGAUAUUUCAUAGCUCUGUUAAACUUGAUCUAGAUGGGCUUGCUACACUACGAAUUCGUGCGUUUGAUAGUGAAGAAAAUGUGUUCACAUCAUUGGUAGGGUUACAGUUUAUGUGGCAUCUCAUGCCUCAAACUGAUGGAGAUCAGCAUCAUCUUGCUCAUGUUCCGUUGAAGGAUUCUCCUCUGAGUGAUUAUGGCGGUUUUUCUGGUGAUCUAAUUAUUCAAAUAAAACUGGAAGAUAGCGACGUUUAUUCAGAUUUAUAUGUUGUGAAGGGAACCGAAAUCGGCCAUGAGAUCAUUUCAGCACAUGUGCAUGAGCCUCUAUUUGAGCAUAUGGGAGAUAAGAUUGUUUUAACUGUUGCAGAAGCCAUGUCACUUGAUCCACCCUCACCAGUUUUUGUCAUCAUUGGUGCUUCUGUCCGCUAUAACCUUAAAGUUAUUCGUCAGAAUAUUCCUCAAGUGGUAACUUUGCCAUCUCCUUAUCAUCGAUGGUCGGUAUUGAAUUCUUCGGUGGCGCAAGUUGACAGUAUGAUGGGGUUAGCUCAUGCAUUGGACCUAGGAGCUACGACUAUCAUUGUUGAAGAUAUCAGAGUUGCAGGCCAUGUGCAAAUCUCAUCUCUUCAUGUUGUCAUACCAGAUGCUUUGUAUUUAUACAUUCUGCCUGUGUCUAUUACUGGCGAUCCUGUGGAAGGAAUAGAAGCUAUUCCAUCUACAGUGUUGUGGUAUGCAGUUGUAGGCCAACAGUAUGUCAUACACAUGAAGGUUUUCUCUCGUGGACCAGUUGCACAAGAAAUACACCUAACCGAAAGUGAUGAUGUUAAGUUGGACUACAAUCAGCCUGCAUAUUGGGAUACAUUCUUGGUGCCAGAUGGUACUGCUGUUAAACAUGGUUUGCAGUGUCCUAAAAUUUUAAAAGCAACUUCCGAGGGACUAGGAAGAUUAAUUGCUUCCUUGGCUUAUCGUAGGGGACGUGCAGAAACAACAGAGGUUAUCAAGGUUGUGCAAGAAGUCAUGGUUUGUGAUAAAUUGAAAUUUAAACUGGGCAACACAAAUGAUUCCUCUCAUAGCAUUCGCCUUCCCUGGGCACCUGGGGUUUAUCAGGAGAUGGAGCUUAGGGUGACAGGAGGUUGUGCGAAAACAUUCAAUGAUUAUAAGUGGUACUCUUCUGAUGUGGCCACUGUGUCUGUAUCUUCUUUUGGAGUUGUUCAGGCGAAGAAGCCUGGACAAGCUACUAUUAAAGUGAUGUCUGCUUUUGAUUCCAUCAAUUAUGAUGAGGUGGUUAUUGAAGUUUUUGUUCCUUCAUCUAUGGUUAUGCUCCAAAACUUUCCUGUAGAGACUGUUGUAGGAACACAUCUUCAAGCAGCAGUGACAUUGAAAACAUCCAACGGUGCCUAUUUUUAUAAAUGCGAUGCUUUUAGUUCCUUUAUAAAGUGGAAGACCGGAAGUGAAUCUUUCAGAAUUGUCAAUUCGACUGGGGAGACAUUGGCUUUGGACAAGCUUGUGAAUAUUGAGGGCUUCAAGUCACUUAUUAGUCCUCCAUGUGCAUGGACAUUCAUAUAUGCUUCUACUUCUGGUCGGACUAUGCUGCAUGCUACUUUGUCAAAGGAACUAAAUGUUUUUGAUCAUUCCCUGGAUGGGCCUACUGUUUUAAAGGCGUCUUCACAUAUAGCUGCAUACUCUCCACUUACCGUGCAGCAGGCAGGGGAUGGAAACCAAUUUGGAGGUUACUCUGUUGAUUUUGGUAGAGCUGAAGCUGGUACUCAGUUGGCAAAUUUAGAUGAGAUUUAUCUUGUUGGUGGAACAGAAUUAGAUGUCAUGCUUAUUGGAGGACCUGAACGGUGGAGCCAAGGUGUUGAGUUUGUUGAACAUGUGGAAAUCUUUUAUGAAGAACACAGCCAUCUUCUCAAUGAAUCUGUUGUUCAUCGGCCAUCAACUAGCAGUGGGGGAUUAUACCAGUUGUCUUGCCAAACGCUGGGGAGCUUUAAGCUGGUUUUUUCACGUGGCAACUUGGUUGGUGAUGACCAUCCACUGCCAGCUAUAGAAAAAGUGGGGCUGUCCCUUACGUGUGGUUUUCCUUCCUCCAUUGCGCUGAUUGCUAAUGAACCUGUGAAUGCACCUGAUGUUGUAAGAUCUGCUGUUCAAGCUGAUCGUAGUCCAGGGAGAAUUCAACUCACCCCUAUUACCGUUGCAAAUGGAUGCACUAUUCGACUAGCUGCAGUUGGAGUUCAUAGCUCUGGAAAGGCUUUUGCAAACUCAUCAUCUCUUUAUUUGAAGUGGGAACUGCUUGAUUGUGAUAAGCUGGCAUAUUGGGAUGAUGCUAAUGCUUUAGAACAGUCCAGGGCCAGUUGGGAAAGAUUUUUGGCUUUGCAGAAUGCAUCAGGACUGUGCAUUGUUCGUGCUACUGUAAUUGGCUUCUCCACCACCAUAAGUGGACGUCUUUUUGAGAAAGUUUCUUCAUUGCUUAAAGAUUCAGGAAAUCUCACAGAUGCCAUACGGUUACAGCUUGUUUCUACCCUAAGAGUUAUCCCGGAGUCCAUGCUUUUAUUUUUCAGUCCUGAUGCAAAGCUAAAUCUGUCAAUUACUGGAGGAACGUGUUUUCUGAAUGCUGUUGUGAAUGACACUCAAGUGGUUGAGGUAAUUCAACCACCACCCAGUCUGCAGUGCUUGCAACUGAUGCUGGCUCCCCGAGGGAUAGGUACUGCCCUUGUCACAGUUCAUGAUAUAGGACUCUCUCCUCCUCUUGCGGCUUCUACUAUGGUUCAAGUUGCAGAUGUGGACUGGAUUAGGAUAAUUUCAGAAGAAGAGAUAAGUCUUAUGGACAAAGAAGCAAAAUCUUUUGAUAUAUUAGCAGGAGUUCGUGAUGGAAAUGCCUUUGAUUCUUCUCAGUAUGUCUAUAUGAAUAUUCGUCUUCACAUUGAGGAUCCUAUACUUGAGCUUGUCAAUGCGGAUCAUUUUCCUAGCUCUGGUAGCGGACAUAUCUAUGGGCCAACUUUUGUAAUUCAGGCAAAACAUCUUGGAGUUUCAACUAUUUAUGUCAGUGCUAUGCAGCAUUCUGGGCAUGAAAUCUUAAGUCAACCCAUCAAAGUUGAAGUCUAUGCACCACCAAAAAUACAUCCUGAAGAUAUUUUCCUUGCGCCAGGUGCAUCUUAUAUGCUCACCAUGAAAGGCGGCCCAACCAUCAGGACUUUUAUUGAGUAUGCUUGUAUGGAUGAUGCAGUUGCAACAAUCAACCGAACUUCAGGCCGACUUUCAGCAAUUUCACCUGGGACUAGUACCCUACUUGCCACGGUGUAUGGGAAUGGUGAUACUGUGAUUUGCCAAGCACAUGGCAGAGUUAAAGUUGGGAUACCUUCCUCAAUGAUUUUGAGUGUACAAAGUGAACAGCUUGGCGUUGGCCGUGAAAUGCCAAUAUUCCCUUCUUUACCCCAGGGUAAUUUGUUUUCCUUCUAUGAGUUAUGCAAUAAUUACAAAUGGAUCAUCGAAGAUGAGCAAGUGUUGAGCUUUUGGGGGAAUUCACAUGGUGAUAAGUAUGAAGUUCCAUUCUCUAGUUCCAAAGAAAUUCACCCUAAUUAUCCAGAUGAAAAGGACCUUGGUUUUAUUAAAGUAUUACAUGGAAGAUCUGCAGGAAGAACAAAUGUCGCUCUUUCAUUCUCUUGUAAUUUUCAUUCUUCUGGUGCAUUCUCGGAGUCAAAAUCAUUUAAUGCAUCUGCAUUAAUAUGGGUGGUUCCUGAUCCUCCCCUUUCUCUUGGAGUGCCAAUGACGUGGAUCCUUCCACCAUUCUAUACCAUGUUGGAUCCCUUGCCUGCAUCAUCAGAAUCAUACAACCAAAAUGAUUCUCAUGGUCGUAAAGGAACUAUUAUUUAUUCUCUAUUGAGAGCUUCUGGUGAAAAGAAUGAAGAUAUGCAACAGGAUUCCAUUUCCAUUGAUGGCGGAAGAAUAAAGACAACAGAAAGUAAUAAUAUUGCUUGCAUUCAGGCAAAAGACCGAACAACUGGAAGAACUGAAAUUGCAACUUGUGUUAGGGUUGCUGAGGUGGCUCAAAUAAGAGUUACUGAGGGAUUUCCUUUCCAUGUGGCUGAUCUAGCUGUUGGUGACAAACUUGAACUUGUUGUAAGCUACUGUGAUGAUCUAGGGAGCCCCUUCCAUGAAGCUUACGGUGUUGUUCAAGCAAAGGCUGAGACUAAUUACCCGGAUAUUGUUUCUAUUGGUGACACAUGUGAUAACAAAGGAAGAAUCCAUCUGAAGGCAAUGCACCAUGGUAGGGCUCUUGUUCGGAUAUCAAUUCACGAACAGUCAGAGAAGUCAGACUACAUGAUGAUUUCAGUUGGUGCUCAUUUACAUCCUCAAAAUCCAGUCAUAUCUGAGGGUCAUUAUCUUAACUUCAGUAUAGAAGGGUUAAUCGAUCGAGUAUAUGGUCAGUGGGUGAGUGGCAAUGAAAGUGUUUUGUCUAUAGACAUGGUCUCUGGAGAAGCCCAUGCAGUUGGGGAAGGUGCAACCCAAGUUAUUUUUGAAAGUUCAAGUUUGAAACUACAAACAACAGUGUCAGUGCAAAGGAUGAAUCUGGUUUUAAUUGAUGCACCUGCAGAGACCUUAACCAAUGUCCCCUUCCCUACAAAAGGAUAUAAUUUCUCAGUCAGAUUAAGGGAUACCCACAGUCACAAGUUUGGAGCUCUUGGGAACGGAAAUGGAAUUCUGUAUGAUUGUAGGGUGGACCCACCUUUUGUUGGAUAUGCAAAGCCUUGGAGAGAUCUUGAUACCGGUAUUUCAUAUUGUCUCUUCCUCCCUUACUCACCAGAGCAUUUAGCACAGUCAAUACCCAAAUUGAAGGCCAUGAGACCAGAUAUAUCCAUCACUGUCAAUGCUUCAUUAAUAGAUGCUGAGAAUGUCAUGGGGUCUGCACCUGCACUUUUUGUUGGAGGAUUUUCAAUUUUGGGAAUGAGCAAGGAAUUGAUGCAGUUGAAUUUGACACCGGCCUCCAACAAGAGUUUUAUAACAGUUGUGGGAAAUACAGAUGUCGAAAUCCAUUGGCAAGGCAGAGACUUGAUAUUGGUCAAUCCCAUCUACAGAGAAGAUCAUGGGAUUGGUGGGCGUGCUGUAUAUGAGGUCAAGGUUCUGAGAGCUGAAAGAUUCAAAGACAAAAUCAUCAUUACACUCCCAGCCACUGGUCAAAGAGCAGACAUAAAUGUUAGUUAUGAGCCUGAAGGAGGAGCAGGCUCAAAGACGAGGAGUGUUGCCAUAUGGGCUGGUAUAAUUGGAAGUUUCACUGCUUUGAUACUUACUGUUGCCAUCUUCAUGUGGUUCCUCGACCGACCCGACAGGUCCCAACAAUCCCUUCCAGCCGCACCAAGUAUUGCUGCACCCAUCACACCUGAACGUAGUACAGUGAGUUAUAGCUCGGAGCAGUCACCUCGGACACCACAGCCUUUCAUAGAGUAUGUGAGGAGGACAAUAGAUGAAACACCAUACUAUAGACGAGAAGGGAGGAGGAGAUUUAAUGCUCAGAAUACGUUCUAGAUUCAUGGGUUGGCAA